GACCAAUGACGCUCCCUUCCUACCAGUUCGUGCUCAGGAGUAGGCUAUGCUUGCUCAGUCAUGGCGCUACUGUGAAGUUCGACAAUCGACACGGCUGAGUGUAAAAACACCGAAUUUUCUUUCUGUAAGUGAUUUCCUAAGAAAUCUCUUUAAGUCACAGAGGUACAGACGAGUUCUGCCCCAACGGAUAGUUCAACGAUUAAGGACUAUUUUUGCGCUGUUUUUUUAAAAAAAAAGGAUUUAACACAACGAUCGUGACUACUUGCGAAAGGAAACGCUACAAAGUUGCUUUUCCUAUCUCCAUGCAGGAUGUUACAAUUGUGACCUUACGAGGAAGCAGCGGGAUGGACAACGGGAGUUAGAACGAGCACUUGGUGGAUUGUUUUGGCGUUUUGUUGUCCUGUGUAACUGUAUUGGUGUCUGCGUUUAGCUUGUUCAUGCGCUUUCGAUACGACCAUCAUGCCAGCGAAAACAAAGUAUAAUUUGGUUGAUGAUGGCCAUGAUUUGCGGAUUCCUUUACACAACGAAGAAGCCUUUCAACAUGGGAUCAAUUUUGAGGCAAAGUAUAUCGGUAGUCUGGAUGUGUCGCGACCAAACAGCAGAGUGGAGAUCGUUGCUGCAAUGAGGAGAAUACGGUAUGAAUUCAAAGUGAAGAACAUCAAGAAAAAGAAAGUCAACAUAGUGGUAUCUGUAGAUGGGGUGAAGGUGGUUCUGCGAAAAAAGAAAAAGAGUUACACUUUUGCACUCUUGCAGAAAAAAGAAUGGACUUGGGAUGAAAGCAAGAUGAUGGUGAUGCAAGACCCCAUAUACAGGAUAUUUUACGUUUCCCACGACUCACAGGAUUUGAAGAUCUUCAGUUACAUUGCUAGAGAUGGGCAAAGCAAUGUGUUUCGGUGCAAUGUCUUCAAGUCAAAGAAAAAGAGCCAGGCCAUGCGGAUAGUGCGGACGGUGGGCCAGGCGUUCGAGGUGUGCCACAAGCUGAGCCUGCAACACACUCAGCAGAACGCAGACGGCCAGGAGGACGGCGAUAGCGACAAGACCUGCUCGGGCUCCGAGGUCGCAGAUCGGGAGUUGACUGGUGCGGAGAAAACGCUGGCCGAGGAGACUGACAUUGACGCCGUAGAACUGCCCGUCCCAGACAGCACGGUGGACGAGUUCAAUCGAGGGGUCACCGACCUCGACGAGGCGAAGAAGGACGACGAGAUCCCCAAGGAUAAAAAGGUGUCUGAGGAGGCCUGUAUCCUGCUGGCCACCCCCAAGAUGCUGCUGCCCUCGUCCAGCCAGCUGCCGGCCGGAGCGCCCCUAUCGAUGCACCACCAGAUCCAACUCCUCCAGCAGCAGCUCCAGCAGCAGCAGCAGCAGACCCAGGUGUCAGUGGCUCAGGUUCACCUGCUGAAAGAUCAGCUCUCAGCCGAGGCGACGGCUCGUAUUGAGGCCCAGGCGAGGGUGCACCAGCUGCUGCUGCAGAACAAAGACCUGCUGCAGCACAUCUCCCUGUUGGUCAAGCAGGUCCAGGAGCUGGAGCUCAAACUGGCCAAACAUGGAUCAAUGGGCUCCCAGGACAGUCUUCUGGAGAUCACCUUCCGCGCCAAUGUCCCGCCGGUGCUGUGCGACGCCACGACCCCGCGACCUGAGGACAUGAGCCUCCCCCCGCUGAGUGACGGCACCCAGCUCUCCCAGCCGCUGGCCAGCCCCUUAGUUGACCAAAGCAUGUUUGAGAACUCCACGGUGGCCCAGCAGAAGCCUCCAAGCUCCAGGUCCUCUGGCCGCCGCUCAGUGGGCAGCAUGUCCAGCCCAUCCAGCGGCCUGGGCGAUGGCUCUGGGCUCGCAGGGCAGAGGACUGGCAGCAGCCAGCAUCUGAAGAAUGCCCUCAAUCUGGGCAAGGCCGUGGGGGCGAAGGUCAACGACCUCCUGCGACGCAAGGACCCCAACAGCCUUGGAGACGUUGGGGUGACGGAGGUGAACAAGAACGUGGGAGUGGUGUGGUCUCAUAGCGGCGUUAGCAACAGUCACGCUUCCUUUGAUGGCUUUCCUCGACUGGACCCUCCUCCGCCCACGGGGAAGAAGCGUGUGCCGCGGGCCCUGAAAACCACUCAGGACAUGAUGAUCUCCUCUGACCCCGUGGUGGCCUCUCCCGAGGCCUCCGACUCGUCCUUCUUGUCCUCCCCGGAAAAGACGCCUCUCAUCGGCAAAGGGAAGGAGGGACCCGAGCGGCCAUCAGGAGACACCCAGGAGGACUCGGGGAGCGAGUCGGAGAAAAUGUCCCUGGGGCUCUCCUACGCUCUGGAUGGGGAGAUGAAACGUGGGGAGCAGCAGACCGAGGAGAGAGAGGAGAGAAGAUCUAGCCGAGUCACCGACCUGGAUGCACUGAUGGCAGAAGAAGGGAUGGAGGAGGUGAAGAAAGCAGAGGAUGGGGAGGACGAGGACCAGUCCCAGAUCCAGCUCUCCGUCCCGGACCUCAUCCACAAGGACACCCUGGAGCCCAAGCAGAAGCUGGCCGGCUCGGAGACACGGCUGGCCUCCACGCCCUGCCCUGGCAAAGGCAACUACCGGAUCAGCGUUGGCGAGGAGCUGCUGGAGAAUGGCUCGGUGGACUACGGCACGCCAAGGAAGAGAUCGCCCAGCAUGGAGAACGAGGAGCCACACCCUGACCUGCUCUCUUUCGAGUAGACACACACACACACACACACACACACACACACACACACACACACACACCUCUGGCUCAACUGGGGAAGGGGCACUUUCGGGGCCAGUCAUCUAACCUGAACAUGCUGAAACAGAUAAUCCUAAAGACAUUGUAGCACUCAACUAAGAAUGGAUGUAGUCACGACAUUUAAAAAUACCAUAUCUAAGCUGUUUGAACAUGAUGUAUUGGGGAUUUGUAGUUGCCCCAGGUGAGAAGCAGGUUUGCGCUUGGCAUUUAUACACUUCCUUGUAAAUGUCACCGAAGCAGCAGGUCUCUGUUCAGGGACUUGAUGACUUCCUAAGGGGACUGUACCAAAGUGGCAGACCGUUGCAUCCCAAUGUUAGCAUGUCGGCGUCUCCAGAAUAUUCUUUCCAUUGAGUUUUAGUACAGAGUUUUAAUCAUGAUGAACUGUUUCACAGUACUGAAGGAAACUGGAUUUGUUAGUGUUUGUGUAAAAUUAUGUACACAAAUUUGGGUAAAUGCUCUUAGAAUUUUUUAGAUAAGAAAGUAGACUUUUUAAAAAAUAGAAAAAUUGUUUAUUUUAACUGACAGCCAAACCAAAGUUAAAAUUGUGUUCCAUGGUCGUAAUAUAUUUUAAUACCUAAGUGUUAAUAAUUUUUACAUUUUGAUACUGUUUGAUGUUUGUUUGUUUGUCCUUGUCAGUCAAUCAUGUCUACUGGUCUUCCAUUCACCACAGACACAAAUGUACCUCUUAUCUCUCAGAAAGCAACCUUUAUGAGCUUAACAGAACAGACACAUUGUAUCAUAGAAAUGCAGUCACUGGAACACUAAAAUGGGGUCAAAUCUGCCAUGGCUGCAGUGCUAAUAUAAACACAGAUCUCUGAGCAUCCUUAAUGCCCCCGAAGGACUCGAACCACUGAUGCGACUCUUCUCCCAGCAGGUCUGAGAAUGAGAAAAAUGUCAGCCUACUGCGAGUGCAGAGAAAGGCUUCUUUGUCUUUGAGGUUCAGGGACACAGCUCCCAUUCCACCAGCCUGCUAAUGGUGACUGUGGCCAUGUUGCCUUGCGUCUUUAAUUACUGAGCGAUGGCUGGAACUCCAGGUGAUGAAGUGAGCGUAUUACCACCCCACUUUGGCUGCCGUGGAGAUUUACGGAGCAGAUUGAAAUGGGCCCCUCUGACUCAAUUAGAAGCGCCGGCACCACUGCGCCUUAAUGGCCUUUUGCAUAUGAAAAUGGAUGUUCAGGGCACUCACUCCGGAGUUAGAGUUAGCCAGUGCAUUAGGUGCAGGUGGCACAGUGGCGGUAGGUUUUGUCACGUCAAGGUUGGGCCAGAGGCUCCUUGGAGCAGCCUUAUAACAAGGUGUCCGUCAGCGCCGAGGUAUGAGCAUGGCCUUGGAGGGGGAAAAAUCCCCGGAAUGUUCUAACUUUCCACUAAUCCAGCCGCCAUCCUGUUGUUUGUGCAAAGUCUCCCUUCUGCUCAUAUGACUGUGGCCCGGUGCUGCUGCUGCGCUGUGGGAACUCCUCUACUCUGCAGUAAACCCAUUGAGGGAGACUGACUGCCUUAGAAAAGUCACAGAGGUUGUGUGGUGUGCUGUCAUGAUGUACAAACCUACAUAACUCCCCCCUCAUGGCAUAAUGCCUUGUGAGCAUAACUUGGGACCUGCCUUAUGUCAGAAAAGUAUCAGUGGAACAGUCUAAAAUACAGAUGCUUUUUGGAUGCCUCAGCUGUCCACUCUAACACUUCUCCUUAGACACACUUCAGAGCUGUUUCUGUGCUCCAUUGUGUUCAAAGAAUAGAAUUAACUUACACUAAACCAACAAUAUGAGCUCAAAGUCUAAACACUACUUGAAGAGGAUAACCACUUAUGAAAUGACUGAUAAAGAAAAGGCAGCCCUUAGACCUGCUAUGAGUAUUUUAGUCCUAGCUACAUGUAGGCUUUUUAACUGUGGCUGCACAUUGCACCGAUAAUGAUGUCUGAACUCUGCACCGUAUUGCUGAUCCAGCUGACAUGAAGGAAUAAUGGAAUGGACCAGUGGUGCAUAAAAUAAUCAGUUACCAAGACUGGGAAUGUGGAACAUGGAAUGUGGAAAUGAACAUUUUAAUGUAUUCAGAUUUAUAUUUUAAUUACCACUUGAUUGACAUAGAUUAUUCUAUACUAAUGCCUAACUAUGAAAAGCAAUAAUCAAGUAAUUAAUUCUGUAAACCGGCUGUUUCUUAAUGGUGUGUAAUUGGUUUGGUUUAUGUGGUCGGAAAACAUUUCUGUAUGUUGAAAUAUGAUCGAUGUUUUCAUCAGUACUUUGAGAGGAACACUAAUGGAAGGUGGGGAGGUCUGAAGAUGUAUUUCUUCAUUAGUAAUGACCACUCAGUUGGUAUUGGGUCAUAAAAUGUAAAGUAAACUACUUUUACUGAAUGUUGAUGCCUUUCAAAAGAAAUACUACUCUGUAUAUUUGGGGGGGAUGGGUUUAUAAUUCAUUUUAUCAAAACAUUGAGAUGUAUUUUAGUACUUUUAGAGAAUGUUUUAGGGGAAAAAGAAAUCUUUAUAGAUUAUAGACUGUAAUUUUUUUUGUCUUAUCAUGAUUGAGUUAUAUAUGUGUAAUGACUUGUAAAUUGUUAAUUAUCUAUGGUCUGAUGAAUUUCAAUGCCAUGGUUCAAUGAAGGAAAGAAAUGAGUUUAGGCGCUGUGAUGUACUUGUGAAGGCUUUGAAGAGAAGUCAGUGUUAGUCUCAUUUUCCCCCUCAGGCUAAUCUGUGCACUACCAGUGUAUUGUAUGAGGGAGGCUGAACCAUCAUAAUGCUGCAUUAAGCCCACCGCACACGGCGGGCGAUACAACAAACGCAAUGCGAUGGCGACGCGAUUACCCAUCGAUUCAGUGGCCAGACAGCUGUUUUCUAUUAUGAUGUAUCAAAAAAAAGGGUCGAGCGACGACGAUGGUCGUUCCAGAUUCACUUCAAUAGAUUCUAUUCCAUUUUGCUGGUCGCCUGCCAUAAAUUGUUGCGUCGCCGGCCGUGUGUGUAGGCCUUUAGUCUACGAAAUGUCCAUCUUAAACCUAUAUUCAUUAGAAUUUGAAGGUAAUGGCGAACAUGUUUCUAUUCCUUAGUUAACUGUUAGUUGAUAAUCCUCCCACUUCCUUGAAAACAACCUUCUGUGUGCCUUUCAAUUGCCAUGGGGAAGUUGUGACAAAGAUGGUUUAUUUCAGGAAUGGCCCAAAACAAGACUUGCAUUUGACAUUUAGAUGAAAUAAUGUGUGUAAAUAGUAGGAUGCCACUCUAAUCUAUUAUAAAUCUACGUGCUACCUAAGCGCUGAAGUGGAGGAGGAAUGUCUUAGUAAUGUUGUCAAUGUAUAUACACAAAGCAUGGUGUCUAGUUUACCUAGACCAAAGAUUUUUAAGUCAUAUUUGACAUCUAUAUUUGAGCAUGCCAGCUCACUUCUUGGGCUGAAGUGGAGGUAUGAAGAGAGGAAUGUUGGUGAAACUCAUCAAUUUCCUCCUUAAGAUUCUCUCCUCUCCCAAAGGCCUCUCUCCUCAGUGUAGUCAGUCAAGUGCAGAUCUCAAGCAGAAAAACUGGAAAAAUUGUAGCGAUAGCAAAAAUGGAAUAUGCUACUUAACUGUAAGUUGGUCUGAAAACCCCUGAGGGCUUUUUUGCUGGCUGGAUUCGCUGUGGUUCAUUCAGCCGAGUUGUGCGGGUUUUGAAUAAUUGCUGCUUCCACUGGAAGACUGGAAUGUGUGUCAAGCCACGUGAUGAAGUCUGAUAAAGUUGGUGUGAAUGAGAUGUAUGAGAUUACAGAGGAGAAGCGGAGCCAGUUUGAGGAAAGUGAGACAGAUAGUAUCUUGUCUUAUGAAGACACAGACAGCCUUCAUUAUCAAGAUAACAUAUGGCACAUGUGUAGACGUUACAACUGUUUUAUGAGUUAUGGCAUUGUAGAGGAAUGGAUUAGCCUGGCUAGCACCAGACCUCUUCUCAAAUCUCAAUUGAGAUUGAAAAUGGGUCUGGGGACCUUUCAUUCAUCUCCAAGAUCCAAGGGGCAUAACCAGCAGUGAAAUUAAACUGAAAUUGGGACAUUGAAUUCUUGCCAAAGUACAGCAAACAGCAAUUCCAAAUAAUAUACACAUCCAUAUAGUUUUAACACUGACACAACCAACGCAGCCAUUGGUUGUGUUGAACAGCACGGUUAACUGUACACCCGUCUGUCUUCAUAUAAACCCCGCCCCAUGCCAGAUAAGUGAAUAUGAUUGGUUCCCAGGUUUUUUGUGAUUUGGAAAUCGGCUUCAAUGGGAAGGUCUCCAAAUGGACCUGCAGAACAAAUUCAAAUUUGCUAACUGGUUCAUCUGGAUUCACCCAGGCUAGAAUUGUUUGCUACUUUAACUGGAACUUCAGCUCUAGGCUCUUCAAUGACUUGAAUAUUUUCCUGUCUAGUUUGGGCAUAGCCUGUGUUUCAUUACUUUUUUCUCCCUCACAAAUAACCAUGGCAACUGAUGAGUGUCGGAGAUGCUUCCUGUUUAGCUGGUGCUUGUUUGGAUGGGCAUCCAGGUCCCUGUUGAGUCAGAGAUCUACAGAGGACUGAGUGACAGCUUGUGGCAUUGUCUGCCAGCCACCUCUGUCACAACAAACAAGACUUGGGUAUUUGUACUCGUGGCAGGCAUACCCCAGCAGAAAAUGUCUGUCAUUUUGUUCAUGUUUACGCUGAACCCAGAGAGCACUGAGUGGGGUCAUUCAUUUCAUGAGCAUAUGAAUGGAAUGCAUUGCAAAUAUAGUGUUGCAAGCCUGCUGAAGAUGGAAGCUCUUUGUGCUAUGAUGCCCUCCAACACAAACAUGCCUCAAUGUCAACUUACAUUAGCAUUUACUUACCUAGAAAAGGCCCUCCUCUCCCGUAAAAAGAAUGAAAUGUAUUGUGAUGAUGGUUGGUAUGUCCUGUUUUGAAGAGAAGAGAGGUUUCCUUGUUUUAGCUUUUUCUCAUGACGUGCUUUUCAUGUAACAUGUAGGUGACACUUCAUUAACAGUUUUGUGCUGUCCCUGGAAAUAUUGUGACCAAAAUCAGUGAUGCCUCUGAUGCACAAGCCAUUUUUAUCAGUGCAAUGUUUUCAUGAUUCUUUUCAACUCAGUCUGGUGAUGAAUGAAUGAGGAUGCCAUGGUAAAGAUGAACAAACGAAUGGGCAGAAAAGAGGGUUCAAGUCGUACUGUAAAUGUAUUUGUACAAGGGAAUCUGUGAUUUAAUAAAGGCAACAUGACAAUUUU